AUGCAAGAGGAGGAACGGAAGAGAAAAGAAGAGGAAAGGAGAAGGAGAGAGGAAGAAAGGAGAAGAGAUGAGGAACAGAGGAGAAGAGAGGAAGAGCAAAGGAGGAACGAGGAGAAGAAGAAACAGGAUGAGAAAAAAAGAGAAGAGGAGAGGAAAAGAGAAGAGGAACGACAGAGGAGAGAGGAGGAAAGGAAAAGAGAAGAAGAAAAAGCUAGGAGGGAGGAAGAGGAGAGGAAGAGACAGGAGGAGCGAGAAGAAAGACUGACUCAAAGACUUUUGGAGUCACAGCUAAGAGCAAAAGAGCAGCAAGAGACACAACUACAAAAGGAGAUUUCAGAGGAGCACGAGUCCAAACAAAAUAUUGUGAGAGCUCAUCUGGAUGAAUUUGAGAACGACUUUGAGGACGUUGAGAGGGAGGAGCUCCUGCAGGUCCUCUCGUUGAAAUGCGGUUUUAAGGUUUCAGAUCUCAGUCUCCCUGAGCUGACCGCCGAGCAGCUGGGAAAGAUCCUGUCCGCUCUGGACAAACUUCUCUUUGACGAAUGGAUCGGUGCUCUUCCAUCUCUGGGCACUCUGCAGCGCGCUCAGGUGUACAUCACCGAGCUGUGCGCCCUGUCAGUGGAGAUGUCUGAGGGAGUUUCCCUCCAGAGCAUCUGCAACCAGGUGCAGUCUCUGGUGGAGUCCAUCAGCCAAUCAGCAUCGGAUGUUUCUGAAAGCUUCAUGCUGACUCAAGCCCUGUAUCUUACCCUGAUGCACUUUUUCAAUGACAGAGGCGGCUCUGACACCGAUGGCGUCACGAUAGCCAAAAAGUGGGCUGAUAUGGAGCUCUCCUCUGAGGAGCUCUUUGCUACUGAGUUUCUGAGCGUGCUCACAACCUCCCUGCAGAGUGCAGUCAGUAGAACAUCUGUAUACAUUUUAAAAAUGGAAACCCAGUGCUUGGAACUUCUCUUGACCAGACUCAAUGAUAAUGAAACACACUCAGAAUCCACCGAAAUGAUCAUGAAACUUGUGCAAAUGAGCCAGUGGACCCCAACAGAAGCACUGACUCUGCUGAAAGCACUGACACAGAAAUGUGAGAAGGACGACUCAAUAACCAGAAUCCUCGUCUUGGUACAAGUCUAUGACAUUUCACCAGACUGGAAAGAUGAGUCUGGACGCUCCCUCAUCCAGGCCCUUGAUUCUAUUGACCCUGAAAAGGUCCCUCAGGAUUUCCAAAUGAUGCUCAGAAAGAAAGAUGAGAGCGGUCUGACUAAAGCGCUGGCAGAGUUACAGAUAUCACAGGGUUUAGAUGAUUCUAUGAUUAAUAUGAUAAAAAGCAUUACCACUGGUGUUUUGAAAUAUUCAGAAAAUCCACCAAAAAGUGCAGCACCUAGUAGAGAUACUCUAAAAUGUGGAGCCUUUAACACAGAGGACUUACAGAACUGUCUGUCUCAGCUCUGCAGAGCAGUGUUUGACACCAAAGGCUGGUGGCCCACAGUGAGGCACAUGUUACAGUGGUGUGGGCUAGUGCUGAGGGAGAAAACCGGGGUGCCACAGCUGGUUGGGGUGGUUGAAGAACUGUGUGCCAUAGCCUUGUUUUCAGCCACACAAGUCUGCCUGGGAAACAAAGUGAACAUAGUGCUGAGUUCAGAAUACCAGUCAAAGGAGCAAACCGAGGACUGGUCAGACUUCUACAGGAGUCUUGGAAUCUCUCUCAACACUCGCACCGGAGAUACUAACUCAUCAUUCGACGAAGUCUACAAAGCAGACAUUGUGCACCUUACACUUGAUGUCUUUGUGUCAGACUACUUUCAACACGGAGUGAAGGUGACAGAAACGGGGGUUCCUCAUCCUGCUCGAGGAUUCAUCAUUGAAGAGCAAAGUUUGAGCACAUCUCACAAUCUGGAACUUUCAAGCCUCAAGAGCAAUGAAUCCCUGAUGUUUUCUGUGGCAGUGCUGCAAAACCUGAUGAAUAAAACUCAGUAUCAAGACAUGGAAACCAAACAAAGCUUGAUAAAGGCUCUUUUUCAGGUGCUCCACAACCUGAACCAAGUCACUAACACUGACAAAAAAAUGGCCACCACUCUAAAGAAGAUCACUGGGAAGGGAUUGCCAGCUCAUGAAGACUUCAUUCUGACCUUCCUUGAGAAUUUCCUUGCAGUGGUCAGUAGUGAACCAAAAGCUCAGAAAUUAAUUGAAUCUCCUGCUUACAAAUGGUGUGUGGAGAUUUUUUUUACCUGUGUGGCGGAAUUCAAAGAUUCAACGGAGGAAACCAAAGAGAUAUUCCAGAUGGUUGCAAACCUUAAAGCCCGAACUCUGUGGUCACCAGAGGGGAUGUUGAACCUCCUAGGAGCAUUGACUGACCAUCAUCAUGACCAAGGCUGCAUCUCCAUGAUGAAGAUUUUACACUUGAUGGCAACAUACCAGGUUUCUUCCAAGUGGACGGAUGAAAAAAAUCUAACUGUCCUUGAGCUUCUAAAGUCUUUUGCAACAAAGGAUUUGAUAAAGCAUUUGGAAAAGAGCUUUGAAAGUGAUGACUCAAAAGAUGUUGAAACACUCUUUGAUGAAAUACGUCAAAUGAAAGACAAUGAUGAAGAAACCCUUAAGAAAGCAUACGAUAUAGUGACUUAUGUCAAUAAACUGAUCGCAAAUAAUGAAAUGGAAAAACACAAAGAUUUACCAAGAGCAAAGAGUUUGAGUCACAGCAAAAACACAGAAGACCUUCAGGAGGUCCUUGCUGUCCUGUGCAAUGCUGUUCAUCUGCAAAUUGCUGGAGGAAAAUGGUUUCCCAGAAUCUCUCAGAUGAUAAGCUGGUGCCUCUUGGCCUUGUCUGACUCUGGGAAGCUCCUGGAAAUGGGCACUGGUGAAGGAAAGUCCUGCGUCAUAGCCAUGUUUGCAGCCCUGCGUGUGUUUCGGGGAGAAAAGGUGGACGUGGUCUCCUCUUCCUCUGUGUUGUGUGAAAGAGAUGCAGCAGAAUGCAGCGACUUCUUCAAGUACCUUGGCAUUACAGUUGACGUAAACACGAAUAAAACCGAAGACGAUGCCAGAAAGAGCUGCUACCAAAAGGAUGUGAUUUAUGGAACUAUUGAAACCUUUGCUGCAGACCACCUUCGGCAAAUAUUUGAGAUGAAGGACGUGAGGCCUGAUCGCAGCUAUCAGUGCAUCAUAAUCGACGAAGUGGACUCACUGCUGCUGGAUCAGGGCGUGCAGCUGACCUACCUGUCCAGCCCCAUGGUGUCCAUGCAGCACCUGAACACCAUACUGGCCAUGAUUUGGGGCCAUGUAUGCCAGUAUGGCUUCCUUUCCACAGGACAGAAGUCAUUUGUUCAGGCUCCUCCUGCAUCAUUCUACACUGCCAUCUUUGACUCAAUAAACACAGAAGAUACUGAGAUUGACGAUCCAAUGGAUAUCUUACAAAUCGCUGAGGAAUCCAACACAGUGCCACAGGGGUUCACUGAGGAAAUAUACAAAACUGACAAGAAGGAAGUCAAACAGAAACUGAAAACGGUAAGCCAGGAUGCUGUGGUUGAUUUCUUUGAAGAGUUGGAGAGCUAUGUCCCCUAUGGCUUCACCGUUUACACUCUGAAUGAAAAAGGUCUGCUCUGUCUUAGAAAGCUCAGUCCGUACAACAGACACAGUGUUCCAGAGCUGACCUUUCUUGUUCUGGAAGAUGGCAUGUGCUGUGCUCUUUAUGACUCAGAGGAAAUACUCAUCAAACCCAUUGCAGAGUUAAUCUCAGACAAGAUUCAGUACACCCCCUGCACAACCAAUAAGGACAAAGUCAGCAUUCCUGGAUUCUUGAAGAGUCUGAUCGAUAAGAAAGUUUCAGUCUGGGUUCGGAAUGCCUUUUUGGGAAAGCAACUUAGAGAGGGACGGGACUAUGUUGUGGAGAACAACAACAUCUGUCCAGUGGACUUCAGAUCUACGGGCAUCAUAGAGCUGAAUAAGAAAUGGGGUGACGGUCUGCAGCAGUUUGUUGAGCUUAAACACCAACUCAAACUCAGCACAAUUUCAACAGUGACAAACUACAUCUCCAACAUCGCCUUCUUUCAACAGUACCAGGGAAAGAUUUAUGGAACAACAGGGACAUUGGGGAGCAAAAAGGACAUGCAGUUUUUGAUGGACCUCUAUCCGAGCCUGUCUGCCUGCAGAAUGCCCACAUUCAACAGGAAGAAGUUGUUUGAGGUCAAAGGCAUUGUGACAAAAUCAUCUGAGGAGUGGAAAUCUGAAAUAAAGAAAGUGGUCAUGGCUCAGAUUUCACCAAAUUCAUUCAGAGAUGGACGUGCUGCCCUGGUGAUCUGUGAGACAAUCAACAGAGCCAAAGAGAUCCACGAUGAGCUGAAAGGUGUCAUUCCCGGAGAAAUUAUUCUUUACUGCCGCAGUGACAACAACUCUCUCAGCAGAAUUGAAAAGAAACUGCUUCCAGGUGAUGUCAUCGUUGCCACAAACCUCGCUGGACGUGGCACAAACAUCAAAGUGUCCAAAGAGGUCAACAAAAAUGGAGGACUUUUUGUCAUCCUUUCCUUCCUCUCUGAAAACACCAGAGUGGAACGGCAGGCUUUUGGGCGAACUGCGCGGAAAGGUAAACCUGGAUCUGCACAGAUAAUCACGACCACUGAACACAUGCAGCAGGAUUUCAGUGAAGUGACGUCUCCUGAACUAGCCAAGAGCACAAGGGAUAGACUUGCGGCAGAAAUUAUUAAUGUCAUGAUGGGCGACGUUGCUGAGAUGAAUCUCAGGGAGGAUCUCUUUUCAGAGUAUUGUAAAACCCUUCGAGAUAUUUACAAGAGCACAGAUGGAGAUGAGAGGAGAGCUGUAGUGGCCAUCAUGAAUGAGUUCUGGGGGAUCUGGCUGCAAAAUAAAUCAGAGGAAAUCGACAAAUUGCAAAGAGAUGAGCUGCAGCAGAGCUUGAAAGCUGAUCUGAAAAUGGCAAGAAGUCAGACCCAAAGCCAAACUUCGCCAUGUUCUAGCAUUUACCACUAUAUCAACUUUGGAAACAAUGCAAUGAGUGAAAAAAAAUGGGACCUUGCUGCCAAGCUCCUAGAAAAAGCCAUGAAACAAGAUGAAAGUUGGGCUUCUAUAGCCUUUUACAGUCAUGCUUUCUGCACCAUAAAGCAGCAAAAGGAAAAUUACCUUAGUAAUGCCAGAGAAGAUCUACGAAAAGCCCAAGAGAAUCUCAGGUAUCUCAAUGAGGAUGCCUUGACAUGUCUGCAGUUUGUAAAAAUGGCAUCAGCACAAUCAACUAAAGAUCAGGAGACCAGCCUUGAGAACCAACUAACGACCAGGUGCAGCAUGCUCAGCUACUUUGACAAGAACAUUUCAGAGGCCAUUCAAAAGCUGGAUGAAAUUAAAGGAAAAAAAAGGGAUGCAUUGGCCAAAAAGUCACCAGUCUUUUCCCUGGUGUCAAAAGCUAACGAAGAACUCCAAGCUGAGGCCUAUAACCUCUACAAUCAAGGUCUAAAGUAUGUAUUUGCUGUGGAGGAGAAGCCUCGCUUCUGUUGGGAAGGUUUGCUUGUGUUCUUUCUGGGGAUUUUGCAGAUUAUUGGAGGAGCUUUGCUAGCUGUAUUCACAUGUGGUGCAUUAGCUCAAGUGGGAAUGGGACUUAUCACAGAGGGAAUUUCAGACUGCAUCACUGGCAUUGAAGCCAUGAUAACUGGAAAGUUCAGCUGGACAUCCUGGGCUAUAGACAAAGCCAUCUCCAUUGGCUUAUCCCUCAUUGGAUUUGGAGUGGGAAAGUUAGUCGCAAAGGGCUUCAAGGCUGCGAAAACUUUGUUUAAAGCAAUAGGCAAACAUAUGAAGAAGAUACCAAAGUUGUUCUCCAAGCAGAUCAAACAUGGCUUUAGCACUGCCGUUAAGGCAAACUUGAAGAACAGCAUAAAACAAACUGCUAAAGUAAUGCUUGAGCAAGCCAUUACGCUUGGAUUUGGGAAAGCAGAAGAGAAACUAAUGGAGGAAAUACUGCGAAUGAUCAAAUCAGAGGUGAAGAAGGGAAUUUUGAAUGAUGUGAAAUCCCACAUUGACAAAGAGCCCUUGGCCUCGUUGAUCGACUCAAUAAUUCUUUUACAGACUGAGGACACAGAGCAGCUGAGUUAUAUUCUGAAGCACCAAUACAAAAAGAAUGACCUGCUGAACAUUUUCAAACAGCUGAGCAAAACGGCAGCACAGCCGUUCUAUGAUGACCUCACCUGGCAGAACAAACUGAACUCAUCCAUCAUCUCAGUGAUGAACACGGCCAUAUCAGGGGCCAAAGGCAAAUUGCUUAUUGUUCUGACAGCCAUCCAAGCGACCCACUACGCCGUCAUAGCUGCAGAGGCUAUAGCCUCGGUAGUCACUCUUUCUGAAAGAUUCUUCUCACAACUUCAAAACGAGCUGAAAACAUACAAAAAGGGGGAAGAGAAAGUUAAAAAAACUGAGCUAUCUUCCUCAGACCUGGAGUUGCUGAAGGCAUUCAAGACGGAUCUAGCCGACACCAUCAGUAGCGUAAUUGCUGAUGCCAUGGUUGAAGUGUUCCACAAGAAGUUCUCCGGUCAUGUUAUUUCUCAGGUUCAAAACAAAGUCAAUAUGUCUGUCAUGAAACAUGUAAAAGGCCAUUUUAAGAGUGAGAAACCAGAUGAGCAGCUCAAAACUGGACAGAACAACAAACAUAUCACGAGCGUGGCUGUUAACCUGUCUUCUAAAGUUUCAGGAGAGCGAGGUAAACUCUCAAGGUUACAUGCUCAGAAGAUCAAGAACCCCAAGACUGUGGGCACCAUGUUGGAUGUCAGAGUCCUGUCUGAAGCUACUGGCACCAGGAUUGUAAUCCUCACAGAGGGUACAAAGGGCAGAUUUACUACAAUGCAGGCGGUGAACCCGAGUACUAAACCAGCCAGUCAAACUGUGACACUAAUCUACAGACCAAAGAGCGCCAAAUACACGGGCGGCCAUUACGAUGUGCGCAUCAAAGAUAAGAUUGUGAGCUUGGACAGCGAUGGUGGUCUUUUUCAUGCAGUGGCACGGGGGAUGAAACCACAAGCCAGCACAAACGAAAUCGCUUUGGAAGCAGGUAACCUCCGGUCUCUGGAGGCAGACGUGCUGAACAGACGGCCGGCCCAAUGGGAGUCUUUCAUGAAGCGCAAUGAGUGGAAGGACGAUAUCAGAGGAGGAAACUGGUACAUGUCAGACUUCCCAACACAAAGAAUCAUCAUCAAGGAAAGCAGAGCCCGGCUUAAGAAAAAUGAAUAUACAGUAAAGGUAAACAAGGAAUGGCAAUCACCUGCAAAAAGCAAUCCAGGACUUGGAAAAGUGGUCAAUUCGGAUAAGCAGCCACCCACCGGUAGCGUUUUACAUGCUAUGAGCUUGAACCAAAGCAGCAAAUUAGCCAAAGCCAUGCUUGAAGUCGGAACAAGGUCCUCUGUUCUCAUGACAAAAGCUCAAGGCCGUGAACUUCCAGCUAUUCAUGUGCCCAAAGAAAAACAAUGGGAGUAUACCAGCACAAAAUCCCGAGCCUUCAGGGAAUUGCUGUCAACUACCAUAAGCCAAGACAAUGUCGUGGGCACCUUCAAACUUACGGUCUUUGGUGCAAUGGUGUCGUGCCAGCUAGAUAUCGGCACGAAAAACAAGACAAAAAGCAAAUCCAGACUGGUCAUUUUUGAAGAGAGCUUUCAGAAGCACAGUGAAAAUAUGGUAAAGACGUGGUCUGAAGCUCUUCACCAAAAGGGUCUCGUGACCAACGACCAACUCGCCACCAUUACCGCCUGGAUCAACGAGAAGGGCUACAAAAAUCCAAGUGAUCCACUCAAGAAAGAAGUCUCCAAGUUAAUCCAGUGA